AUGGCGUCUACCGGGAUCCAGCUGCUGGGCUUGGCCCUGUGCGUGCUGGGCUGGGCCGGCUCCAUCCUGGUGGCCGCCCUGCCCUCCUGGCAGGUCUCGGCUUUCAUCGAGGGUCACCUGGUGGUGUCGCAGACCACCUGGGAAGGGCUGUGGAUGGCCUGCGUGGUGCAGAGCACCGGGCAGAUGCAGUGCAAGGUCUUCGACUCCAUCCUGGCGCUCAGUCCGCAGAUCCAAGCCGGCCGGACCCUGAUGGUCAUCGGAGCGGUGCUGGGCUUGGUGGCGCUGCUGGUGACGGUGACCGGAGCGCAGUGCACCACCUGCAUGCACGGGGCUAAGGUCAAGGACUGGAUCGCGGGCAUCGGGGGCGGCCUCUUCGUGGUCUGCGGCUUCCUGGUGCUGGUGCCCCCCUCCUGGUUCGCCAACACCAUCAUCAGCAACUUCUACGACCCCAACGUCGAGCCCUCCAAGAAGCGGGAGAUGGGCGCCGCGCUCUACCUGGGCUGGGCGGCCGCCACGCUGCUCCUGCUGGGCGGCGCGCUCAUCUGCGGAGCCUCGGCUUGGAAGGACGACAGCGGCGGCUUCCCGGUCAAGUACUCGGCCCACCGUCGCCCCGUCGCCCCGGUCUCCAACGGCGCCGGAGGGGAGUACGACAAGAAGAACUACGUCUGA